AGUUUAUUACGUGACACAACGUAGCCGCUUGAACCGCGAUCCUCUCUAUCUCUUCAGUUGUUGUUCGACAAGCGGCGCGAUUCCUCCUCCUAAUCCUUUCGUUCGAGUUUCGUUAACGAGCGAGAUAAGCUCCGUUUGCGCGUUUAUCGAACUUGAUUUCGAGAAAUUCGAAUCCGUUUUUUUUUCAAUCUCACACACUAUAUAUUUUUAGAUAAUAAUUUCUGAUCUAUAAUUGAAUUGUUUUUAGUAUACCGUUCGUAUAAACUUCGUUUGAUUUUCUCGGAUGUGAUAAUUAUUCGUGGAAUUUAUUUUUAAUCCGAGUUUUGUGCCGAGUGAAAUUUUGUGAUGUACAUUUCGCUCGAGUAUGUUUAAAAUGUUUGAUGUGAGAAAAUUUAAUAUGGUCAAUGUAUCAACGAUGGUGGAAUGAAUAAAUUGGGAAUUAUCGGUGAAUAAAAUUGAAGAACAUGUGGAAUCGUAAAGUAUUCAUCAGGAUCAUCGAAGUGAUACUUUGUAUUGCUUGCGUGGUGGCGCUAAGGGUGACCGACGACGAGAGUCGAAGGGUUUUUCAUUAUUUGAGAAGUCGCAGCAGAGAAUGGUCCCUUUUGAACAACAUCACGUGGGGUGCAAUAGGCGCCGCUCUUGCAACCGCGACUUGUGGUGGUUACAUAAUAAUCACAACAGGUCUCCUUAUUGCUGCUGCAACAGGAGAGCUUAAUGGCCGAAAGACGGAAAUAUUUUUUCUUGGACUUGGAGUGAUUCUUUUCGCCAUUGUCGGCGCAUUGUCCAUGGCGUCCAUUGAAAACGUCCCUGAGGAUUUGAUCGACAAUGCCGCGGUUUUUGGGGCACUGUGCCUGCUAACAGCGUUGGUUUUCAUCGGCGAUCUGUUAAUGAGCACGCCUAAAAAGAAGAACAAGCAUGGCAUGGCGGAACUCUUGACCGAUAAAAAAGCCAAGCAACAAAUAACGACGACCCUUACCACGGAAAAAGAAUCAAAAUCUCCCAAAAUGAGCAGUUCGAAAGUCUCCAAAAAAGACGAUAAUGGAAAUAUAAACGACGGUUUCGAUAAAGUGGACGAACAACGUCAAAAGAGUUCAGCUACGAAGGAGGAACAAAGGUAUUCGAAAGAAGAAGCGUAUGGGCACGAUGAAAUCGAUAAUAUCGAUCGAGAAGACGGAGAGCCGAAAGAGUACACGCAGAAUUUCGAGAAUGGAAGAGCUCUCAGGGACUCGCAAAUGCAUCGAGACUCUGAGAUGCAAAAGGUUGGGAAUAGAGACUCUUAUAAAAUGGCUCAGAGAAUAGAGAUGCCUACUAUGAUGUAUAAGAUGCAGGAUAUUUAUCAACGUCCAGUUGAUGAAAUCGACACACCUCGUUUUCCGAUCGAGACGAAUCGCAAAAAUGAGACUAUGUUCGCGAAGAUAGUGAACCCUAGCGUGAAGAUUAUGAAAGUUGAACGUGAUGUGGAUGAAGCUAUCGAAAGUUACAGAUAUUCUGACACUAGCCAGUACGAUAAUGUGCCAGUCAGAAUGAGAGGAACAUCGUUGAGAAGUCAGAAAAAAAGUCGUGACGUUUCUUUCAAUGUUCCACCACCACCAAAGGGUUAUGAGCAAGAGCUUGACCAAGAAAAAGAUGAAAUCGAGAUGCUGGAAGAAUGUUUUACCUCGCUUCGAACAACGAGCACAGGGACACAGACGCCCAAUGUUCGAACACCUUCGUCACCCACUGAUCCAGGAUACGUUCGACACACUGCCAGCAAUUGGCCCCAAGAGAAUAAAACUAAGACUCCUGGAUCGAGUCCAAAUCGUACAAGGAAUUGAUUUAUUAUUAUGCACAAAGACAAAAAUUUAAAAUUUUGCAUCGUGAUUUCUUAUGUCUGAGAUAAUGUUUUGAAAUUCUAAUUUGAGAAAGAGAUUUCAAGGAACUUUGUUAGAAGGAUUAUAUUAUAGUUAUAGAUCAAGAUUGGAAAGGUUUGUGAAGUGUUAUGAAAAUGACAUAUUAAUAUAAAAUUUUUUCAAUUUUCCAUUUUCUUCUCUAUUUAAAUAUUAGUCUAUAGUUUUUCUAUGUUUUUAAUAAAAUUUUGUAAUAAUUUUCAGUGUCAAAAAUUUGGUUGCAUUUAACAUACCGUUUGUAUAUUUUUACUCACUGCCUUUUUUUAUUAAUUGAAAAGCAAAAAUUGUUUAUUGUAUAUCUUUUUUUCUUCUUAUUUUAUUAACUCGGUUUAUUAAAUUAUUUUAUAUAUACACGUGUAUGUAUAUAUCUAUUAUUUAUAAAUGUAUUAAUUAAUUUAAAAGGGUGACAAGGAAUCUUCAUAGACACAUGGUUAUUUUCGUAUAAGUAGAAUCUUUUAAUAUAUAAAGAUUUAAUACCUCCUUUCACAUCGAUACGCAUUACGUACAAUUAUUAAUAAUAAUGUCUUCUUGUGAUAAACAUGUAACCGUAGUUUGUUAGUCUCCAUCAGAACUUAUUCGUUAAAGAUAUUAGCAUUUAAUUGGAUUUACAUUUAAUCAUUUUUUUCUACGUGUGUGCACCGUAUCGUUUCUUUUUCUUACAUAUUUUUAUAUAUAAAUAAAUCGAUCCAAUCAGGUCUUUAUUGGUCGUUUUUCUUUAUAUUAUUUAACGUGAUCGACAAUUUCUUCGGUUAUUAAAUAAACGGGAAGAAAUUUAUCUUCAUCGGGAUUGAAAGAAAAAGAAAUCAACCGGAAAACGUAGAGAGUUUCGACGUGUUCUGUCAUCGAAUUUUAUUUAAAAAAAAGCCACAAAGCUAUUUCUCGUUCAAAACUCGUCGUUCUCUCUUUUAGCUUCUUCACGUAGCCCUCUCUUUCUCUAAACGUUUCUAAACGCGUAUUUACAGAGUUGAGAAUUAUUGCUUAGAUACUUGAGCAUUCGUUCCUCUUCUUCCACGUAUUAAACAU